UUUGUUCUCGAGUGUACCAGGUUCACGCCCCCGCGUUGGAGCCGCCGCCUGUGUAGCCACAGCCGCGAGUGGGGGGGGGUGGGGGGGUGGGAAGGAGAAAGUGCCUCUCGUCGGGAAACGUGGUGCUGCUUCAUUUAUUUGAAGGUUUCGAGGUCCGGGCUUUUUUUAGUUGGCUUUUUUUUUUUUACACUUUAAAACUUUUUUUUUCUCCCUAAGGGAGCCCAGGGAAGAUGGAGACGGAUUCGGGAGCGCAAACCACAAAUCAGACGCAAACAGAUUCUUUAUCUCCAUCCCCCAAUCCUGUGUCACCUGUGCCUUUGAAUAACCCAACAAGUGCCCCAAGAUUUGGAACAGUGAUUCCUAAUCGUAUCUUCGUUGGAGGAAUUGACUUUAAGACUAAUGAAAAUGACUUAAGGAAAUUUUUUGCCCAGUAUGGGUCUGUGAAAGAAGUGAAGAUUGUAAAUGACAGAGCUGGAGUGUCAAAAGGGUAUGGUUUCAUCACUUUUGAAACACAAGAAGAUGCACAAAAAAUUUUGCAAGAGGCAGAAAAACUUAAUUAUAAGGAUAAGAAACUGAAUAUCGGUCCAGCGAUAAGAAAACAACAAGUAGGGAUCCCUCGUUCCAGUAUAAUGCCAGCAGCUGGAACAAUGUAUCUGACUACUUCAACUGGCUAUCCUUACACCUACCAUAAUGGUGUUGCAUAUUUUCAUACUCCUGAGGUAGCUUCUGUCCCACCACCUUGGCCUUCACGUUCUAUAUCUAGUUCCCCUGUGAUGGUAGCUCAACCUGUUUAUCAGCAACCUGCGUAUCAUUAUCAGGCACCUGGACAGUGUCUUCCAGGACAGUGGCACUGGGGAGUCCCCCAGUCUCCAGCUUCUUCAGCCCCAUUCUUAUACCUGCAGCCAUCUGAGGUUAUUUAUCAACCAGUAGAAAUUGCACAAGAUGGUGGGUGUGUUCCCCCUCCUCUCUCUCUAAUGGAAGCUUCAGUUGCAGAGCCUUAUUCUGAUCAUGGAGUUCAAGCAACAUAUCAUCAGGUUUAUGCCCAAAGUGCAAUUGCCAUGCCUGCACCAGUAAUGCAGCCUGAACCAAUUAAAGAACCAAGGUUACAUUCUGUGAGAAGAAGCUUUUCUCAGCCUUCAUCUGUGGGACUGAAACCUCGAUAUACCCGAAGUCCUCACUUUCAUCCUAGGAAAGAAUUCAGAGCAGAAGAUUCAAUUCUUACUCCACCUUCUUCUACUGACUCUGUUAAGUAAAAUCUUGGCUGUUAUACCAAACACUAAAUAGCUACUAGCUCCAUAUGUGGUUUGGUACUGAGUUUAAUGAAUAUGCUUAAGUUAAAAGUGUCUUUGCUUUUUGUAAAGGGAAUAAAAGGAAUCUUGCAGUUCAUUGCUCAGAACAUUAGAGGUGCAGGAUAAAAUCAUGGUUUCUUUUAUUAAUUUAUGCACAUUUAUGGUAACAUAUCUCUGAUAACUAGGACAGAGGCUACAGGUACAAGACAGUACAUGUCUAGAUUAAAAACUGAAAAUUCAGUCAGUCAUCUGGAUAUUUUGUCUACAUGAUUCCUAACAUCCAGAUACUUUAGAAACCUCUGAGUGAUUACAUUUCUCAGUUUUCAUCCAGAUGUUUGACAUUGUAUAGAUACAACCACAGUGUAUUAAAGCAGUUAAGAUAAACUGUUUGUAAGAUAGGCUGGGCUCAAAAAGGCCAUAUCUUGAUAUAUAUGUUUAGAUAUUUACUCAUUCUCAUAUUAUUUCAG